UCAAACACACAACCAGAAACUUCUGCUCAACUCAUGCCAGCAGCGAGCUGAACCUCGUCUCCUUCAAUCACUGCAGAGGGGGCAGACCAGACGGGAUCGGACCAAACUUUGUGAGCAAAACAUGCCAUCUUUCCCCCUGAACCAGUUCGCUGACUUGGAAGAGAUGAUGUGCAAGCAGUUACUGAACCUCGACCUGAGGGAGCAGAACGGACCACUACCAUCCCUCAGUCUGCCAGUGAGAACGCCAGGUUGCAUCGGUCAGCCACGUAGCAACAUGUCGUUUUCCCUCUCGUCUCUCUCCUGCCUCCCCACUGAUCCUUCAGACAGCGUGUUUCUGACCUCCGGCCAAUGGGGGCAGCAGUCAGAAAGCCCUCUGCCCACCCAGCUCACUAAUUCCACCCAGUGGGGGAAGUCAGGCUUCCUCUCCCAGCGCUCCAUCAGCAUGGUAGAGACCGGCAGCACCACAGCAGCAAGUCUAGGCUGGCCCGGGUCUGACAUGACACACUCCAUAAGUGACAUCAGCCCCACUGCACUGAACACUAGCUCCUCCUCUUCCACCUCAUCCGUUUCCUCCUCCUCGUCGCGCUAUAAGACUGAACUGUGUCGAUCUUUCACCGAGAGCGGCUUGUGCAAGUACGGCGGGAAGUGCCAGUUUGCUCACGGGCUAGACGAGCUGCGGGAUCUUAACAGACACCCGAAAUACAAAACCGAGCCGUGUCGCACGUUUCACACCAUCGGAUUCUGCCCCUACGGGAUCCGCUGCCACUUUGUCCACAACAACGAGGAAGAAAUGAAACACUCCUUCUCUCGCUCCUCCUCGUCCUCUUCCUCCUCCUCGAGCAUCCACCAGCAGCCGCCUUCCUCCUUCCGCUCGCACAGACCUCCUCUCGUCAGACAGAGCUUCAGCUUUGCCGGGUUCCCCUCUGCUCCCCAGCAAGCCCUUCAGCCUGCCCUUAACUCUCACCCUCCUCCUGCCACCGCCUCUUUCACACGCGCUCCGUCGGCCUCUCCUCCUUCCUGCGCCGACAUCACUGACCUCCUUUCUCAUGCCUUCCUGGAGAUGGACUCUGCCUUCGAGGCCUCCCCUGCCCACCAGUACCAGCAGCCCCCCAUGGGCCAGGCCACGGCAGCAGAUCCAUUCCUGCCUUCCCCAGACUCCGGCUGUUCCCCAUGUGAAUCGUCUCCGACCGCCUCCCCUUCCCUGAGGCAGAGUCCCAGCGCUACUGGGGUCUCUCCGGGGCCACUGGGCGCCCGAUCCCUGUCCUACACCUCUCUGUCAGACCAGGACCAGGACCAAGAUGGAAGCAGCUCUGCUAGCUCACUCAGCGGCUCUGAAUCUCUUAACGAGGCCAAUGGCAAACGUCUGGCGGUAUUCAGUCAGCUGUCUGUUCCUGAGGAUGCUACUGGGUUCUGCCUUUAGACCGCAAUGUGCUGUGAACACAAACAUACAUAUCUACAAACCUGCAGACCCGGGAUACUCCGAGACACAAUAUAUGCAGUACACACAUAUCCAUACUGACGCGCACACACACUAGAACCCUAUAAAUGUACCCUCACACACACACACACACACACAAACACACACACACACACACACACAGCCACCGCCACCGGACUUACCCCUCAGACGUUCUUUGCACCUGUGUGGCGUCAAAGGAAACAAAGGCUUAAUGACUGACUCAGAGAGAGAUUCGCUGAUUAGAUUUAUGUGGUUAAAAUGUCACUGUUGUAUGCGUAAGGGAAGCCACAGUGAUGCAGAAACCGAUAUGUGUGUUGCCAUCAAAACAAGAGUACAGAUCAAGACAGAAGUUGAAAAGUGCUGGAAGCGAUUUUGCCAAAAUAGUAGUCAAAUAAUAGUGUUGAGAUGGCAAAUUGCGACAAAGAUCUAGUAAUCACAGUGUGAUUGGCCACAGUGCCGUCUGUUGUGGAGUCCAACCGCAAUGUGACAAAGCCAAAGAUGUCUUUUGUAGCUCAAACGUUUUGAUUAUGGUAGUACAAAAAACACACAACUUAUGUUUUAGGAAUUGUUGAUUUCUUUCCAUUAACUGUACACAGUAUUGUGUUUAUAAGCUGGUGAAACUGUUGUUUUCCUCCUACAGUGCGAGAUUGUUUAGAUCACUGGCCUUGAACCUGAAUGUUAAGUUUUUAAACAACUCAAGUGCCUGUGUUGUGUUAUUUACCAGGUCGUGUUGAAACAAUAUUUGCUGGUUUGUUAGGAAGGAUGUGUUGACGGUGGGGUGCGAGUCUCCUUAUGUGAGUUCAAGGUCUCUCUGUUGUUAAGAUGACUACAAGUGUUCUUCUGUGUCUCAUGCAUUAUUGACAAACUGCCACCAGUAAAAGUGCCAAAAUGACCAAAUUUAAGCUGCCUUACAGGAGGAGGAGGAGGAAGGGGGGACUCAGUUUAAGCUUAACAUAAACAGCCAAGUAGGCCUGAUCAUACGUUCUCAAAUCCCAUGUUCAUGACAUAUCGUUAACUGUAUGACUCGCCAACUGGAAAAGCAGGACAUGGGAAUUUGUUGGGCUUUGAUAUAUGUGGAGUGUGCCAGCACAAACGGCAGAAAAUCCAUCAAUAUUGAGAGUCAAAGAUUGACCAAAAAAAAACCUAAAUGAGCUACCAUCACACUCUGCAUCUUAUGAUCUGAAAGCAGCUCGGGUUGCGAGGCACUUGGCGUUAAAGGAAAGUUUAAUCAAGUCAUGUGAAUGUUUCAUGCAAGUCCUGUUUUGCCUCUGGCAUUUUCCCCUAAAAACUUUGUGGUGCUAAAAUGUAUUUUAGAUUAUCUUAAACACAACAUUCCCAGGAGUGGGUUUUUUUUCCCAUCCCUUGUCCACAGGCAGUGCUGGUGUUCUUUUUUUUUUUUUUAUGAAUAUUCGUGUUUUUUGUGACUCACCCCCACCAGAUUUCAUCUCUCCGUCAGUAUUAAUUCCUCCUGUUACUGUUAUGAAUGUGUAGCGUUCCUGGUCACAUGUAUGUGAACUGUGCGCCCAGGUCUGUUGCCUUAACCGAGCUAGAUCCAGCAUUCUGUAGGGUUAGAGUCUGUAUACUUAUUGUUAUAGAAAUGUUACUCGGCUGUUUUUGUGUGUUUAUGACGUAGUUGGUUAG